UUGUUCCGACGUCCGAUCAAGAAGACGAGAUUUUAAAUUUUGUACGCGCUUCGAUUUUGAAAUUCGAAAAAAAAAAAGUGAGCAACGGUGACUUCUGACCGCUGCUCCUCUUUCAUGAUUUCUUUUCCUGUUCUUCUCCUUCCUUUUUAGCUUUCCUCUUUUUUUCAGCUUUCCUCUUUUCUUUCUUUUUUUCUUCUUUCUUCCUUGGCUGCUCUUCCUCCCUGCUGCACGAUCCGACCCAAGCCUGCCGCGCCUCUUGACCCGCCGCUGCACACGCAACGUCGCCCGACAAGCCAACGAUUCCGGACACGCGAUCUCUCUCUCUCUCUCUCUCUCUCGGUACGUCAAAAAAAAAAAACCGGAACUCACGGACACGGGGGGAGCGGGUUCGAAACAUAAACACGCCCUCCCUCAGCUCGUUGGGGGGGACUUUGGCUCUCAGCUCCCGAAAAAAACUCGAUCCCCCUCAGUUCGGAUCCUCUCUCUCUCUCUCGGCAGCUGGUUCUUUAAAAAAAAGGAAAAGAACGACAGCUUUCAAAAAAAGGAAAAGAACGGCAGCUGACAAAGAAAAGAAAACCCGAAGCUCGGGUUCCCGAAAAAAACCCACAGCUCACGAUUCUCUCUCAGCCAGUUCCGGAACUCGCAGCUCAACCUCAAACCGGAACACCCUCAGCUUGCCCACAACUCACGGUCCCUUAGCUCGUUGAGUCUCUCGGAAACCGGAGCCCAUUUCGGCGCCGAGACCCCUCAGCUCAGUCGCCCUCUCGCCCACGGCUCGAACUCCUGGAUCUCCUCACCUCGCGGCCGUUAAACCCCAUCGACUCACCUUUCUCUCGGCUUCCCAUUCGACAUUAACCGGGUCGGUUUCCUUUUUUUUUUUCCGGGUUGAACAGGUGCGAGUGCGUCGCCCAGCCGCCCAGCGGCAGUCCAAUCCAGCAGCGGCGGCCCAGCCCACCAGCAUUCGGCCCAGUUGACCAGCGUUCGGCCCAGCCCAUCAGCAUCCGACCCAGUUGACCAGCGUUCGGCCCAGCCCGGCCAGUCCGGCCCAGUUCGCAGCCCAUUCGUUCAGCCCAGUCCGGCCCAUUCGGCCCAAUUCGGCCCAGUGACCCAGCAGCCCAACUCCCAGAUGAAAUUUUCUGAUUUUCUCUAAUUUUUUGUUUUUACAGAACCACCCCUCAACUUUCCAAACUAGGGAUGGCGCACUCAUUCUCCUGUCCGCGCCUUGAUAGAGUCACACCGCCAGGCGAGGAGAUUGCUCGCAUUUGGACGGCACUGCGCCCGGUCGACCGCCACUAUAUCGCUGUGUUCGUAGGAGAUGUUCCUUUGUUGGCCACCCGAUGCGUAGAUUGGAAUUUCCUUGAGGCCGCCAUCGCAUUUUGGAAUCCAAGUCGCACCGUCUUCGACAUACAGGGUACCGAGCUCACGCCAACCAUCGAGGAGUAUCGGACACUCAUUGGUCGGACCGCAGUUGUCCACGGGAUUGUAGAACUCAACUUCCACACCACCCGACCAAUCCUAGUCUCACGCCUAUUCGGGGUUCCUACGACUCGUUUGAAUGCUGAACUCGCAUACUCCGGCAGCACGGAGAUUGCAAUCGAGAAACUCCUCCUUUUUAUUGAGUUCGAAGCGCAUAGGGUCCAGGGGAAUUUUCUUCGAAAGGAUUUAUGUCAUGCCGUUCUAUUGCUAAUCUUUGGGACUCUCUUAUUCCCUCGCUCGCAUAGUCUCAUCGAUGCGGCCUUGGCCAGCGUUGUUCUCCAAGUGGUCGGAGGGCGCGGUUACGAGGUAGCCCUUGUGGCUGAGACCGUUUGGUCCCUCGAUCGUGUUUUGAGAACACGUGACCGAAGAAUAAGAGGAUCCCCCAUCCUUUUACAAAUUUGGUUUCAAAGUCAGGCAAGCCCCUUCGGUUUAGUGCGCCCGGUUAUGUAUUUUAAUGGUCCGGAGUCGAUCAUUUCUCGAUUGUUGUCCCUCGUGCGCGUGGAAGAACGCAAGAUUUCCGAGAGGAUAAAAAUUUUUCGCGAAAUACCACCUAGGGGCUUUAAGUGGCGAGCCGCGUGGAUGCCACCCGGACCCGCGGCCCUUAGUGCCUUGAUUUUAACGGAGUACCACUCGUAAGUCAUGCGGGAUCCACCACAUAUUUUCCGGCGCGAGUAAUGAGGCAGUUUGGCAGCUUGCAGACAGUCCCCGAGGACACGGCACGGGCUAAAUUUGAACACACUUGGCGGGAGGAUCAGACAUCCGUGGAUCGCCAAAGAGACAUCGAACAGGUUUUGGACGCGUGGCGAACCGUGGUCAUUGAGCGUCCGUAUUUCCCAGAGCAUCCAACCCUUGAAGAACAGGAUUUUCAGGCUACCGAGGAAUAUGUCCUCUGUUUCUAUCGGUGGGGUCCUACAGCAUAUGAGGAUUUCGCCGAUUCUCCACGAGCUGAAGAUAACGGACCAACGGGAGCGUCUCUCACCCCGAAUGUGGCCAUCCAAGCGGAGCUUGCUAACCUCAGAGCCGAGAGAGAUCAUCUUCGUCGGGAAGUUGCAGAGAAAGACGAGCAACUCGUGGAUCAGCGGCAAUUACAGAGAGAGCUUGCCUAGGCCCGCGCCGAGCUACAGAGGAGCGAGCAGGAGCUGGCACGAGUGAAUGUCGCCUUGGAGAGGUUCAGGAAGAGAGCCCGUGGAGGUCCACGCACCCCUUAGGAUAGACGCCUCCACCAGGUCUUCACCUGAAUCGGCGCUCUCCACGGCAACAGUCACUCGUACCCUGAGUGCGGUGGAAGAGUGAC